AAUUAACGGAGCGGGUCCCUCCUUCCUGGACUUUGGAGUCAAUCAGUAACUCCUGACUCAGGGAAUUCCAGGGAAAACCGGCGGGAAUGGCCCCAAAUCGGGAAUUUUCGGGUGCUUGAAGCCGGAAUUUCCAGCUCCGGAGCCGCUCCGGGGCGCCUCGCCGGCCACCCGACGCCGGCGCCCACCGCGGCCUGAAGCGACGCCGGCACGCGCGGCAUGGCGACGCCGAGCGGCCCCGCCCCGGCGCCGCGCCUGCCCUGAGCCCCCCCAUGCGCCGGCGAUGAUGAUGGCGCGCAAACAAGAUGGCCGCACGCCCACCUACAACGUCAGCGUGGUGGGGCUGUCCGGCACCGAGAAGGAGAAGGGCCAGUGCGGCGUCGGCAAAUCCUGCCUGUGCAACCGCUUCGUGCGGCCCGGCGCCGACGACUUCCACUUGGAGCACACGUCCGUGCUCAGCACCAGUGACUUUGGGGGCAGGGUGGUCAACAAUGACCACUUCCUCUACUGGGGCGAGGUGGCGCGGCCGCUGGAGGAGUGCGUGGAGUGCCGCAUCCACGUGGUGGAGCAGACGGAGUUCAUCGACGACCAGACCUUCCAGCCCCACCGCAGCACGGCGCUGCAGCCCUACAUCAAGAGGGCGGCGGCCACCAAGCUGGCGUCGGCCGAGAAGCUGAUGUACUUCUGCACCGACCAGCUGGGCUUGGAGCAGGACUUCGAGCAGAAGCAGAUGCCCGACGGCAAGCUGCCGGUGGACGGCUUCCUGCUGUGCGUGGACGUCAGCCGCGGCAUGAACCGCAACUUCGACGAGCAGCUCAAGUUCGUGUCCAACCUCUACAACCAGCUGGCCAAGACCAAGAAGCCGGUGGUGGUGGUGCUGACCAAGUGCGACGAGGGCGUGGAGCGCUACAUCCGCGACGCCCACGCCUUCGCGCUGGGCAAGAAGAACCUGCAGGUGGUGGAGACCUCGGCGCGCUCCAACGUCAACGUGGAGCUGGCGUUCGGCACGCUGGUGCAGCUGGUGGACCGCAGCCGCGGCAAGGCCAAGAUCAUCCCCUACUUCGAGGCGCUGAAGCAGCAGAGCCAGCAGAUCGCCGCCGCCAAGGACAAGUACGAGUGGCUGGUGAGCCGCGUGGUGAAGAGCCACCACGAGGCCUGGCCCGGCGCCAGCCGCAAGAUGCAGCCGGCGCCCGAGUUCCAGGACUACGUCUACCUGGAGGGCACCCACAAGGCCAAGAAGCUCUUCCUGCAGCACGUGCAGCGCCUCAAGCAGGAGCACAUCGAGCGGCGCCGCAGGGUCUACCUGGCGCUGCUGCCGCAGGCGCUGGACGCCCUGGUGCCGGACCUGGACGAGAUCGACCGCCUGAGCCGCGCCAAGGCCGAGAAGCUGCUGGAGGCCAAGCCCGACUUCCUCAAGUGGUUCGUGGUGCUGGAGGAGACGCCGUGGGACGCCACGAGCCACGUGGACGACGUGGACAACGAGCGCAUCCCCUUCGACCUGCUGGAGACGCCGGCGGGCGAGCAGCUCUACGAGGCCCACCUGGAGAAGCUGCGCGACGAGCGCAAGCGCGCCGAGAUGAGGAGGGCGUUCCGCGAGAACCUGGAGAGCUCGCCCUUCGUCACGCCCGGGAAACCCUGGGAGGAGGCCAGGAGCUUCAUCAUGAACGAGGACUUCUACCUGUGGCUGGAGGAGCCCGUCUACAUGGACAUCUACGGCAAGCACCAGAAGCAGCUGAUCGACAAGGCCAAGGAGGACUUCCAGGAGCUGCUGCUGGAGUACUCGGAGCUCUUCUACGAGCUGGAGCUGGACGCCAAGCCCAGCAAGGAGAAGAUGGGCGUCAUCCAGGAGGUUCUGGGCGAGGAGCAGCGCUUCAAGGCCCUGCAGAAGCUGCAGGCCGAGCGCGACGCCCUCAUCCUCAAGCACAUCCACUUCGUCUACCACCCCACCAAGGAGACGUGUCCCAGCUGCUCCUCCUGCGUGGACGCCCGCGUGGAGCAGCUGCUGGGCUCCCGCUUCUCGCGGCCGCCGCGCCCGGCGCCGGCCGACGCCGCCGCCGCCGCCGACCGCCUCAACCUGGUCAUCCUGGGCAAGGACGGGCUGGCGCGGGAGCUGGCCAACGAGAUCCGCGCGCUCUGCACCAACGACGACAAGUUCGUGGUGGAGGGCAAGAUGUACGAGCUGGCGCUGCGGCCCAUCGAGGGCAACGUGCGGCUGCCGGUCAACGCCUUCCAGACGGCCACCUUCCAGCCCCACGGCUGCCUCUGCCUCUACAACUCCAAGGAGUCGCUGUCCUACGUGGUGGAGAGCAUCGAGAAGAGCCGCGAGGCGGCGGCGGCGGCGGCCCGGCGCGACGGGCACCCGGCGCAGCUGCCGCUGACGCUGGCGCUGGUGAACAAGCGCGGCGGCGGCGACGCCGGCGGGGAGACGCUGCAGAGCCUGAUCCAGCAGGGCCAGCAGAUCGCCGGCAAGCUGCAGUGCGGCUUCCUGGAGCCGGCGGCGGCCGGCAGCGGCUACGGCCGCAACAUCAACGAGAAGCAGAUCGGGCAGGUGCUCAAGGGGCUGCUGGACGCCAAACGCGGCCUGGCCGCGGCGGCGGCGGCGGCGGCGGGGGCGGGGGGCUCGGCGCCGGGGCCGCGCGAGGCGGCCGACGCCGACCUGCGGGUGGUGAUGUGCCUGAUGUGCGGCGACCCGGCGGGCGCCGACGAGGUGCUGCUGCCCAUCCUGCAGGCGCAGCCGUGCCGGCCGGCGCCGGGCGGCGGCGCCGCGGUGCUGCUGGAGCUGGCGGUGGGCUCGCAGCGGCGCCGCGUGGAGCUGUCGCUGCUCUCCUACCACGCCUCCUUCGGGCUGCGCAAGAACCGCCUGGUGCACGGCUACAUCGUCUGCUACGCCGCCGGCCGCCGCGCCUCGCUGGCCACGCUGCGCGCCUUCCUGGCCGACGUGCAGGACAUCGUGCCCGUGCAGCUGGUGGCGCUGAGCCACGGCCCCGCCGAGGCGGCCGAGGCCGAGCUGAGCCGCGAGCAGCUGGCCGAGGGCGAGGAGAUCGCGCAGGACAUCGAGGCGCGCUUCGCGGCGCCGGCCUGCGGGCAGCACCGCCUGGACGCCUUCCAGCCCUUCUUCAGGGACGCGCUGGACAAGAAGAACAUGGUGGAGGCCGCCCACAUGUACGACAACGCCGCCGAGGCCUGCGGCGCCGGCGAGGACGUCUUCAACUCGCCGCGCGCCGGCUCGCCGCUCUGCAACUCCAACCCGCCCGACUCCGAGGAGGACGCCGAGGCGCCGCCGGGAUACAGCCCCUUCCGCGAGGAGCCCGCGCCGCCGCGGGAGCUCUCCAAGCUGUCGGCGGAGCUGGAGGGCAACGACGCGCUGUCCUUCGUGUCGGUGCUGGGCGGCUUCGAGAGCAAACUCAACAAUAAAAUCGCGGCGGCGGCGGCGGCCAAAGGCAAAGCCGAGCUGGCGUUCCUGGAGCAGGGCCGGCGGCGCUCGGUGUCGGCGUGGCCGGCCGGCGACUGCUUCGACCCCUCCGACUACGCCGAGCCCAUGGACGCGGUGGUGAAGCCGCGCAGCGAGGAGGAGAACAUCUACUCGGUGCCGCACGACAGCACCCAGGGCAAGAUCAUCACCGUGCGCAACAUCAACAAGGCGGCCUCCAACGGCAGCGGCAACGGCUCGGACAGCGAGAUGGACAGCGGCUCCCUGGAGCGCGGCCGCAGGGCUCCGGCCGCCGCCAAGCCGCUGCUGUACCGCGCCCGCUGCGCCCGGCUCGGCCGCUUCGCCGGCUACCGGCCCGGGCUGGGCGUGGGCAGCGACGACGAGCUGGGCCCGGGCAGGAAGAAGGACGAGGAGGUCGGAGGCCACGGGGGCUACAAGGGAGGGGACAACGCGGUGAUGGCCUACGAGGCGGCCGACGGCGAGGAUCCGCGCAGGAGGAACAUCCUGAGGAGCCUGAGGAGGCCCACCAAGAAGCCCAAGGCCAAGGCGCGGCCGUCGCUGUCCAAGGCGCCGUGGGAGAGCAGCUACUUCGGGGUGCCCCUGGCCAGCGUGGUCACCCCCGAGCGGCCCAUCCCCGUCUUCAUCGAGCGCUGCAUCCAGUACAUCGAGGCCAUCGGGCUGAGCACGGAGGGGAUUUAUCGUGUCAGCGGCAACAAAUCGGAGAUGGAGAGCCUGCAGCGGCAGUUCGACCAGGACCACGGGCUGGACCUGGCUGAGAAGGAUUUCACCGUCAACGCCGUGGCCGGAGCCAUGAAAAGUUUCUUCUCGGAGCUGCCGGAGCCGCUGGUGCCGUACGCGAUGCAGCUGGAGCUGGUGGAGGCCCACAAGAUCAACGACCGGGAGCAGAAGCUCCACGCGCUCCGGGACGUCCUGAGGAAAUUCCCACGGGAAAACUACGAGGUCUUCAAAUACGUCAUCGCGCACCUCAACAGGGUGAGCCAGCAGCACCGCGUCAACCUGAUGACCAGCGAGAACCUGUCCAUCUGCUUCUGGCCCACGCUGAUGCGGCCGGACUUCAGCACGAUGGACGCGCUGACGGCCACCAGGACCUACCAGACAAUCAUCGAACUCUUCAUCCACCAGUGCCCCUUCUUCUUCCCGCUGCGGCCGCCCCCGGACACGCCCGGCUCGCCCGGCCCCGCCCCGGCCACGCCCUUCCCGCCCUCCCCGCCCCGGACGCCGUCGCCGGAGCCGCCGGAGCCCUGAGCGGGCGGGGGAGGGGCGGUGACCGCCGGGAACGUCCGGCCGGAGCCGGGGGACGCGGGGGAGGGGCUCGGACGAUGGCGGGGGAGGAACCCCCAGACUUUGGCCAGGGCCCGAUGGACGCCCCCGGGGGAGGGGCCGGAGAGGGGCGGAGAGGGGGGAGGCGUGGCCGGAGUGGCCUGGGGGUCACCAGAAGUGGCCUGGGGGUCACCAGAGGUGGCCUGGGGGUCACCAGAGGUGGUCCAGGGUCAUCCAAGGUGGCCUGAGUGGCCUGAGGGUCAUCCAACAUGGUCUAGAGUGGCCUGAGGGUCAUCAAACAUGGUCCAGGUGGCCUGGGGGUCAUCAAAGGUGGUCCAGGGUGGCCUAAGAGUCAUCAAACGUGGCCUGAGGGUCAUCCAUGGUGGUCCAGGGUCAUCGAAGGUGGCCUGAGGGUCAUCCAACAUGGUCUAGAGUGGCCUGAGGGUCAUUGAAGGUGGCCUGAGGGUCACUCAAGGUGGUCCAUGGUGGCCUGAGGGUCACCCAACAUGGUCUAGAGUGGCCCAAGGGUCAUCCAAGGUGGCCUGAGGGUCAUCAAAGGUGGUCCAAGGUGGCCCAAGGGUCAUCCAGAGUGGUCCAGAGUGGCCCAAGGGUCACUCCAGGUGGUCCAUGGUGGCCUGAGGGUCACUCAAGGUGGCCCAAGAGUCGUCCAGUGUUGACUGAGGUCCAUCCGUCGUCGUCCCGUGGAGCCCAAGGUUCAUCCAGGGGGGUCCAGGGUGGCCAAGGGACAUCUGGGGUGGCCAAGGGACAUCUGGGGUGGCCAAGGGACAUCUGGGAUGGUCCAGAGUGGCCUGAGGGACAUCCAGGGUGGCCCAAGAUCCAUCCCAGGUGGCCCAAGGUCCAUCCAGGGUGGCCCAAGGUCCAUCCCAGGUGGCCCAAGGCCCAUCCCAGGAGAUCCAAGGUGGCCCAAAGUCCAUCCAAGGUGGCCCAAGAUUCAUUUGAGGUUGCCCAAGACCCAUCCAAGGUGGCCCAAGAUCCAUCCCAGGAGAUCCGAGGUGGCCCAGAGUCCAUUUGAGGUGGCCCAAGGUCCUUCCCAGGAGAUCUGAGGUGGCCCAAAGUCCAUUUGAGGUGGCCCAGAGUCCAUCCAGGAGGUUCAAGGUGGCCCAGAGCCCACCCGAGGUUGCCCAAGACCCACCCGAGGUUGCCCAAGGCCCCCCCGAGCCCCAAAUUCCCGGGAUUCCACCCCAAAACGCUUCUGGGCGGGGGGGGAGAAGCCUCAGGCACCCCUCCCCCACCCCGGGGGCCGAUUUGGGGCGAAUUCCCGGGAAUUUGGGGGUGGGGGAGGGGCCCGGGGUUUUGGGGAGGUUUUGGGGGGAUUUGGGGGGUCCGAACUGGGCGGAACUGGAGUUUGACGGUACCACCGGGACCCGCCGGGUCUCUGCGCACUUUACGACGCCCCCGAGCACCAAAAUCCCAAAAAAAAAAAAAAUAAAUUAAAGGAAAAACAAAAAAAA